AUGAAAGCCGCUCUUCUCUCCUCGCUCGCUGCCCUCACGGUGGUGCCGGGGCUGUGUGGAUUCUCCGUCCAUGAGAGCGAGAACCCGCACGUGUUGCAGCUGGGGAUGAGGAGGAACCGGCACGACAAUCCGGUUAGCAAGGAUCGCAGGCGAUUCAAGCGGCAGUCGGGGCAGUCGGUCGAUGUUGAUCUUUAUGGUUAUUCGAUGGGUGGAGAGUUGUACUCGACGAAUCUCACAAUCGGAUCGCCACCACAACGCACCGAGGUCUCUGUCGACACGGGAAGUAGCGAUCUCUGGGUCGUCUAUACGGAUAAUCAAAUAUGUGGUGCCGUCAACGCGAUGUGCGAUGAGCUCGGAACAUACGAUCCGUCAGAGUCGGAUACCUCACAGCCUCUCUCCGACCAGUUCCAAAUACAGUACGGCGACAUGUCAUGGGCGAGGGGAUACUACGCAAUCGACACACUCUCCAUCGCCAACGCCGAGCUCCCGGAAGUCCAAUUCGGCAUUGCGAUCGACUCGAGUAUAGACAAGGGCAUCCUCGGCAUCGGCUACCCAACCAACGUCGCCUCGCGCGAAAUCUACCCUAACCUCCCCUACAUGCUCUCCCGCAACAACAUCACAAACUCCAACGCCUACAGCCUCUGGCUCAACCGCCUCGGCGAAGACGAAGGCAACAUCCUCUUCGGCGGCAUAAACACAGCGCACUACACGGGCUCGCUGCAAACCCUCCCCGUCGUCCCCUACAACGGCGCCUACGUGCACCUCUGGCUGACGCUGACGGGGCUCGCGGUUGAAUCGGCCUCGGACGACGUCCACAAGUCCUACGACAACCACCCGGAGUUCCCCGUCGUUGUCCUCCUCGACUCGGGCGCGACAAUAUCGUACCUCCCCGCCGACAUUGUCGCGCAGAUCUACAGCGACCUCGACGUGCACUUCUUCGCAGAAGAGCAAUUCGGCAUCGUCCCCUGCGAUACCUACCUGACCGGCCGCGAAGACUACAACGUGACAUUCUCCUUUAGCGGCGUCGAGAUUCGCGUCCCGCUCUCCGAACUCGUCCUGCAGGACGCCCUCUACUACAACGGCGACUACCUGCACAUCGACGACGAGGAAUCGUGCAUCUUCGGCAUCGCGCCCUCGGUCGAUUUCUUCCCGAUUCUCGGCGACUCGUUCCUUCGGAGCGCGUAUGCCGUCUUUGAUCUCGAGAAUAAUGAGAUUUCCCUUGCGCAGGCGAAUUUCGAGCCCGGGGACGACCAUAUCCUGGAAAUCGGCGACGGCCAAGAUUCGGUCCCUGGCGCGACGCAGGUCGCGAACCCUGUAACCACUGCGACGCUUGUGCUGAGUGGGUCGUCGUUGGUUCUUCCCGAUGAUUUCACGAAUGAGCCGAUUUUUCCGAGUCGCACGGUUACGGUUGAUGCGUCGACGACCGCGGGGACGGGGCCUAGGCCAACCGAUGAUGAUGAUGAUGAUGGGGAUGACGAUGAUACGAGUUCUGGGGCGUCCGGGACUGCGGCGAACCCUGAGGAGUCCGGGUUUGCUGUUGCGGCGAGGGGGAGCGGGAACCCGUUGCUGUAUGCUGGUGUUGCGGGGGUGGGGAUCUUGCUUGGAUUGUAA